UAAAGUUUCCUUUUUUUCUCUUGUUUCAAGAAACCUCUCUUCAAGUUAAGGUUAUUUAUAACUAUUCCCAUCUCUUCCUUCGCAUAGCUCUAGAAUCUUCUUUUUCCAUUAACCUUUCCCUUCAGAUUUCGUACAAUUCCACAUUCCCACCUGUUAAGUUUGAUAAUUCAAACUUUUGAUUGAAAGACUCUGAUAUUAUUCGAUCAUCAGCUAUGGCUGCAAAGAUAUUAGCCAAUUUAAUCAUUAUGGGCUCUGGGAUAUUGGCUAGGGCUGUAGUUCAAGCUUAUCGUCAAGCACUUGCAAAUGCCUCUAAAUCUGGUGUUGCCCAGGAGACACUACAAAAUGCAGCUCGUAGGGCAAGCAAAGUGAUGACAGAGCAAGAGGCUCGGCAGAUUCUUGGUGUGACUGAAGAAAUGCCUUGGGAGGAGAUAGUGAAGAAAUAUGAUAAUUUAUUUGAGAGGAAUGCCAAGAAUGGUAGCUUUUACCUUCAGUCAAAGGUUCACAGAGCAAAGGAAUGUUUAGAAGACGUGUAUCGAAGCAAAGCGGAGGGUGCUACCCCUAGUUGAGAAUCCAUCUUCAAGCUUAACCCACUGUGUGAAUCAUCCUCACCUUUGUAUGAUAAACGAUUCUGCUAUGGCAGAUUCCCCCAAGUUAAAAAUUGUAUAAAUAAUUUUGUUUCGCUUAUAUGGUUGUUCGUUGAACCUCGUGUUAACAACCCGCAUUAAUCUAAUCAAUUAGUUUAAGGUUUGUUGUAAUAAAACAAAGAUCAGGGCCAUCAAUGAUUUGAUUUCUAUAAUGAUCAAACUGUUUGAAUGAAUUAUUGUGGUACUUAAUAAGAUUGAUUUAUUCUUUUUGG